UUUUGUUUUAUUUGGAUAUGUUUGAUAUUUCAGAUCAUUUGUUCUGGGAAGAUUAUUUUAUUUUAUUUUAUUUUAUUUUAUUUUAUUUUAUUUUGAUAAUGCUGGAUAGUUUCAGAUCAUUUGCUCUGAGAAGAUUUUGAUGAGACAUUUUUGAGUUUAUAUUUGAGAUCUCUGACUUUUGAUUGCAUCCGUUUGAUAUCUUGACAAAUCUACAGUCUGAGACCUUGUUGAGACGCACGUGAGAUUACUGUGAUGUUUGUUUCCCGUUGGUGCGGAUCUCUGAGCUUUAAUCUUCGCUCCGGGCCUGUUCUGUCUGAUCCUGGCCUGUUUCCAGGAAAAUUCAUGCCAUGGAUUCUCAGUUGUGAAUCAAAGUCUUGCUUUACUAUGCUUUUAAUCACAUGUACUGUGUUUCAGCGUCUAAAGACUGAAGGAGAAAUGGCUGGAUUGUGUUGUCUGAGUCUGAUUCUAGCGUUAGCAGCGCUCACAGUGUGUAGAGCCCAGCGCAGACACUUUUCCAGCGCUUUACAUGACAAAUCAGGGGUUUUGUGUCUGAACGGUGGGACGCCUGUCCCAUCUCUGUUGGGACUUCACCUGUUCUGUAAAUGUCCUAAAGGCUUCAGCGGGUCCAGCUGUGAAACAGAUGAAUCCGUCUCCUGCUUUGACCGGUUCGAUCGGAACUACAGAGGUCCCAUGUCUAAAUCAGAGAGAGGGCGGGAAUGUCUGUAUUGGGAUUCAAAGAGAGUGCGUGAAACCGAAGGAUAUCCCAAGAAUCUCGUGCCGGGCCGACACAAACAAUGCGGAAACCCAGACUCCAGCCGCAGACCGUGGUGUUACGUACAGACGCCGUCUGGGAUCAUAAGAGAGGACUGUGAAAUUCCAGGCUGUACAAAAGAUCACAGUUCUGAUCUGACUACUGACAGUCCGACAGGUGCACAGUCAGGCUGGCAGUGUGGCCAGAGGGAGGAGCGAAGCAUGAAGGUUGUGGGCGGGGCUUUGAGCACGGUGGAGCUCCACCCCUGGAUGGCGGCGGUGUUCAGCAGGAGAUCAUGGGGAAGAGCGUUCACCUGCGGCGGGAGUCUCAUCUCACCCUGCUGGGUCCUCACGGCUGCACACUGCUUUCCUGACGGCACUCAGACUAAAAAACUAUCAGUAUUCCUGGGGAAGAACGCCAUAAAUGAGACAGACAUUCAGAAAGAGCAGGAGUUCAGCGUCUCUGAGCUCAUCAUCCAUGAACACUUCGACAACACAGACGGCAACUUCAAUAACGACAUCGCGUUGUUGAAGAUUCACAGUCCUGAUGGUCGCUGUGCUAAAGAGUCCAGUUCAGUGAAGACGGUUUGCAUCCCUGGACCGCAUCAGACAAUUAGUCACGGGACGUCCUGUGAGAUCACUGGAUACGGCAAAGAGCAAGAAGGGUCGUGGUAUUACUCUCAGUAUCUCAGAGAAGCAAAGGUCAAAGUGGUGUCACAGGAUUUGUGCUCGAGCAAAGCAUACUAUGGUAACAUGAUCACAGACAACAUGCUGUGUGCCGCGAGUCCUGACUGGAGCAUGGACGCGUGUAAGGGUGACUCCGGCGGGCCGUUGGUGUGUCGCGUCCAUGACCGUGCGUUCCUGUUCGGUGUGGUGAGCUGGGGAGAGGGAUGCUCCAGAGAGUUUCGUCCUGGUGUUUAUGCCAAAGUGAGCAACUACCAUCACUGGAUCCUGAAGAAAACCGGCCUGUCGUCACUCACAGCUCACCGGAGAACAUGAGCUCAGCUGCCCUCGUUCACUUCACACACAGAGACUGAUAUACAGAGCAAACUGCAAACCAGUCAUGUUCAAACUGAUUUGUGUUCAGUAACUCAUAAAUCUGUCAUUCUUAUAUUCUAUUCUAUUGCCAAUUUAUGAUAGCAGAUCUAAGAAUAUUUAUAAACGUACUAUUUUGCAUAGUUCUUCAAAUGUACAGUGGCAUUUGUACAGUGUUUUCAUUUCUAUUGUUGCGUAAUUUUAUAUUGUUGUGUAACUAUUUAUAUUUGGCCAAGCCUAUUAUUAGCCAAUAAACAAGUACUAUUGUA